AUGGCUCCACGGCACGUUCAGAUCUCCAAGGCUUUGCUGUACCUUCUUCGACACGGUGCAGUCAAGGAGAACCUCCCCAUUGAUAGCCGAGGUUUCGUAGAGCUUUCAGCCAUUCUCAAGCAUCCCAGGAUCAAAACUCACCGAGCUUCUGCAGAAGAGAUUAAAACCAUUGUGGCCGAAAACGACAAGAAGCGAUUCACUUUGGAGACUCGAGAAGAUGGGAAGACGUAUAUUUGCGCCAAUCAGGGACAUUCUCUUGGCCUCGUGACUGAGGAAAACAUGGAGCCAUUGCCAUACGAAGAGAUGCCUGGAAACGUGUACCAUGGCACAUUUGCCAACAAGCUAGACGCCAUCUACACACGCGGAGGUCUCUGUAAAAUGCUGAGAAACCAUAUCCACUUCACAUCAGACGCUGAGUGGAGCCAUCUGGGGAUCCGCAAGAGCUGCAAUGUGUUGAUCUACUUAGACUUGGACAAGUGCAAAGAGACAGGGCUAGUUUUUUACAAGUCUGCAAACGGGGUUAUCCUCACAAGGGGAAACGACGAGGGGAUAGUGCCUGUGGGGUGUUUUCGAGAGGUGAAGACACUUCGAGGCACGUUGGCCGAGGAGAAGUCGGCGCAAGAGCAGUAG